AUGUAUGUGCGACUUUUAACGGUCAGAGAACGGGACAAACCAUGGUGCUGGGAUUGAUAUUGAGCCGCCGACUGCUGUGUCGCAGGCACGGGCUCCUGCAGCGCUGCAACAUUAGGUCAGAAAACUCCUCCAGAAGUGCUGCUGUGGACAGCGUGCUCUCUGCAUUCAGGUCUAUAUGUGGUGAGGACGGCGUCUCAUUGGGUGAAGCUGUCAGAGAGCAGCAUGGCAAAGAUGAGUCUGUACACAGAUGUUGUCCCCCAGAUGUGGUGGUGUUUCCUCGUUGUGUGGAGGAGGUCAGUGCCCUGACCAAGGUCUGCCACCAACACCGCCUUCCCGUCAUCCCUUUUGGCACCGGGACUGGCCUGGAGGGAGGCGUCUCCGCAGUGAAGGGUGGAGUGUGCUUCAGUCUGAGAAACAUGGAACAGGUUCUGGAUCUCCACGCGGAGGACUUCGAUGUGACAGUAGAGCCUGGUGUGACUCGGAAGGCCCUGAAUGCCUACCUGCGAGACACCGGCCUGUGGUUUCCUGUUGAUCCUGGAGCCGAUGCGUCUCUGUGUGGAAUGGCUGCCACCAGCGCGUCUGGUACUAACGCAGUGCGUUAUGGAACCAUGAGGGAAAAUGUCAUAAACCUGGAGGUGGUGCUGGCUGAUGGGACCAUCAUACACACAGCUGGCAAAGGCCGACGUCCCAGGAAGUCUUCAGCAGGCUACAACCUGACAAACCUGUUUGUGGGUUCAGAGGGCACCCUGGGGAUCAUCACUAAGACUACGUUGCGCCUGUAUGGCAUCCCGGAGGACAUGGUGUCAGCCGUCUGCUCUUUUCCCUCUGUCCAGGAUGCUGUGGACAGCACAGUGCAGAUCCUACAGGCUGGAGUGCCCAUCGCUCGCAUCGAGUUUCUGGACGAUGUGAUGAUUGAUGCGUGCAACAGGUUCAGUGGUCUGUCCUACCCCGUGACCCCGACCCUGUUCCUGGAGUUCCACGGCUCUGAGCAAAGCCUUAAGGAACAAGUCAGCACAACUGAGGACAUCGCUCAGAGCAACAGAGGCUCAGAUUUUCAGUGGGCUCAAGAUGCAGCAACAAGGAACCGGUUGUGGAAAGCACGUCAUGAUGCCUGGUACGCUGCUCUGGCUCUCAGACCUGGCUGCAAGGCCUACGCUACAGACGUGUGUGUCCCUCUGUCUCGACUGCCUCAGAUCGUUGUGGAGACAAAGGAGGACCUGAUUGAGAACAGACUUACAGGUCCCAUCGCGGGUCAUGUAGGUGAUGGUAACUUCCACUGUCUGAUGGUGGUGGACCCCAGCGACCCAGAGGAGCUUCACAGGGUCCACCUGUUCACUGAGAGACUGGCCAGCUUGUCAGCGACCCCACACAUACAGCCCGAGUCACAAAGAGCUAUCUUCAGAGACAAGAAGAACAAGCAGUGCCUGCAGCAGAUGGUGUGUCCCCCACAGAGCCCUGAUCUCAACAUCACGGAGUCAGUCUGGGAUUACGUGAAGAGACAGAGGACAAUGAGACAGACUAAAUCCACAGAAGAACUGUGGCAAGUUCUUUAAGAUGCUUACCUACUUACUUGCCAAGUGCUGUGAAAAACUGUGCACAAGAAGAUUUGGUGCUAUUUUAAAGACAGAGAGCAGUCACACCAAAUAUUGAUCUGUUGUUUUUGCACAGUUGCUGUAUCCAUAACCAAAACACAUCACCGCAGGUAGAUCCCCCUGCUCUGCAUGAUUCCUCCUCUCCGUGUGUUAAUGUGCCACCUGAGCUUCCUUUGGAGAGUUGGUUUACUCUAAAAAAAACACACAAAAAGCAUUAACUGACUUCAGUAACUGUAUCUUUAGUUCAUGCUGAAUUAAUACUGAUAUGAACCUUUUAAACUAUCAGAAGCUAAUAUACUGUCGUGGUGGAUAAAAAGGUCCUCAGGAGGGCUCAUUAUGGGCCUUUUAGUACCAAAGUAUACUCCUCCUGUAUCUGCAUCUAUUUUUAGUGUGUGAGUGCAGUGUGUCAGACUCGAACUGUCUGACUUAACAGGCUUCACUUCCUGUAAAAAGUGGCUCAGCUGAGAUUUUAAAGUGGUGAUAGUUAUGUUAAAUUAUAAUGUGAAAAUACUUUCCUUUUA